CACCAGAAAAUAGGAGCGAUGCUGAGGAAAUUAGCUUUGAUUUUACCGAUACAGAAGAAGAAAAUGGCCCACAAGUAGAGAUUUUGACAGCUGAAUGUCCUGGUGGUAUCAAGCCUUACAGAUUUGAACCUGAGCGUUCAUCUUCAGAUGAAAAUGAGGAUAGUUCUAAUGACGACAGAAACGAAGACGAGAAUGAAGAAGACCGGUGACUUGAAGACUUGUUUUGAUUUCUGUUAUCUGAAUCUGGAUCCCAACACGGCACAUCGUCUCCUCAUUCUGUCUGAGAAGAACAGAGCGGUGAGAGGCAGUGGGAGAGAGCAGCGUUACUCUGAUCAUCCAGAGAGAUUUGAUUUCUGGUGGCAGGUGUUGUGUAAGGAGAGAGUGUGUGGACGCUGUUACUGGGAGGUGGAGUGGAGCGGUGAUGGUGUUGUGUUCAUAUCAGUCUCAUAUAAAGACAUCAGCAGGAAAGGACGGGGUGAUGAGUGUCGUUUUGGAGGCAACAAUCAGUCCUGGAGUCUGUGGUGUUCUUCUUCUCUCUCUUUCUGGCACAACAGUAUUAAGACUGAUCUCAGAGUUCCAUCACCCUCCAGAAUAGGAGUGUAUGUGGAUCACAGUGCAGGAACUCUGUCCUUCUACAGCGUCUCUGACACGAUGAAGCUCCUCCACAGAGUCCACACCACAUUCACUCAGACUCUAUACGCUGGGUUUGGGGUUCCUGGUUCUACAGUGAGAUUGUGUGAUCCAGAAUAAAAGUGUGUAGUGUUUUCUGUAAAAUUCCUGCACGUUGCCACCUUGUUGCUCAGUCGUCUGUUUCACUAGAACACAAUCCAGCUGCACAAAAACACUCAUUUUAAUAUUUAAAUUAAAACAGAUGAAUAUUUAAAAUAAUUAAAAAGGAAAUGUUAAAAAUUAACUGUCAGACAAGAAACUCGUCAAAUUUAAAAAGAAAAUGAUCUCAUGACCUUCGCAUUAUAAAGUUCUGUUUGUUUCAUAUUAAGCAGCGUCUCAUUAAAUAACUAAUAAACAGUAAUAAAGCCAGAACAGAACAACAUUUUAAACCUGUUCAGGUCACACUAUAUAAAAAUAAAACAUCACUUUUGGAAUGAAUUUGAUUUUUCUGCUUGUGUUCUAAGAUGUAAAAUCCACAUUCACUUUUUCAAAUCUGAAGUUGUUUCUAAACCCUGAGAUUUGAUUGUAAAACAUUGAACAAUAUUUAAACUCCAUUAGAACAUCCAGUACAUGAUCGGUUCAGGCUGCCGAUGUCGUGUUCAUCCCAUAUUCAGCCUGGAUGAUGAUUGGCCCGCAGAUAGAACCUUAUAAAUCCAGGUUUGUCUGUGAGUUUGGGAUUUUUAUUCAAAUAUUACAAUCAAAGCUUUGCAGGAUAAAAGAUAAGAGCACAGGAGAAUAAAGUUUCCCCCAGUGAUGGAGUUUCUGUGCUGAACUCAUUUUCCGACAGAAGCAAAUUCAACCUUUUCCUGAGAGUUUCAGCAGCUGGAUAAAUAUUGUUCAGUAUAUUAAACUGAAUUUCUUUCACUGUGGGUGAAAUUGGCCGUCUAAGAUAACUACAGUGUGUAUUUGUUAGCGUACCUCCAUCGUCAGUUAUUCUUACUUUUAUUUUUUUUUUUUUAUAUCAGGGAAUAGCUUCCAUUUUAAAAUAUUCCUAAUUCCUUUGUUAUUAUAUUUUCUUUCACCGAUUUUCAAUUCAGGCAGUUUGACCGACACCUUUGAAUAUUCAAGGGUAUUUUUUAUCGUGAAUCUUAAGGGAGGUGGAAUAGAUCUACAAAUUUGAUUAAAUUCUCUAUAGA